CCAGACUCACCUCCCUGCAAGUAUGUUUGUUAUAGAGUCAUAUAUGAUGGCAGCUAGAGACGCCCAUAGGGAGCCUUCACGUCGAUCUGGCUGAGCUGAGUUCUUCGUAAUUGAGUUCAACUUUAAGCUACAAUUAAGAAUGAGAAGCACCUCCACCCCCGCCAUAGCUCCCACUAAAUUAGUCGUGCAAUAUCCGCCGCAUUUUUGACAAGUCUUCGCAUUGAAUUACAGUAAGUUCAAAACCUGAAAUCGUUUUGCCAUGCAGUUCAAAAUCACUUCAUUUCACAUUAUUGUCCCGUAAAUAUGUCCAUCGAAAGACCAAUAUAUAUUCUCUAUUGUGUUUUUCAGAAAUGACAAAUUUUAGCUGUGGAGAGCCUUUGAAAGAAUGUCCGUGGAAUCGUGAAAGUAAUUUACCAAUCAUUUCAGUCUUGAAACAUUCUGGUUAACUUUAGCCACUUGGGUUAAAUUAUAACCAGCUCAUGUCGUGCCGUUGUCACCACGCUGGCCUUUCAAGCUGGGAGACCCGGGUUUAGUCCUUAGUCGGACCUAGUAAUCAAGUUCUUAAAAGAACUGAGGAGAAAGUGCUACCUUUACAUUGACAUCAGUAUUAAUGGUUACACUUUCACCUGUUCUCGGACAAGAACGUUAAAAUCGUAGGUACAAGUCUAACCUGGACAUGCUGGGAUCCCCUAUCAAUUGGACAGUAGCCGGUUGGAAAGCUCACUAAUGUAUAAGUAAGAGUUAUAAACCGAGUAAGAGGUUUAUAACUGAUAUAUUGACCCGAGGACGCGUAGCGUCCGAGGGGCAAUAUAUCAGUUAUAAACCGACUUACUCGGUUUAUAACUAACUUAUAUCACACUUGCGGAGGUUUUCCAACAUAUUUUGUCAUUUUCAAAAAUUUUUAAAGAAAAAUUCUCGCGUUUUGUCUACAAGUUUAAUCCAAUCAUUUAUUCAAGGUCUAUAAGCUAGUUAUAAACCUCGGACGAACAAAGAAAACCGACGCAAGUGUGAUAUAAUCAUGGAUAUAGUGUAAUUACCUUGAAGUUCUGCAUCGGCAUGGCUAAAUGAACCGAAAAUAUGGGAGUGGGCCUUGCACUAUUCACCUCCACUUUGGUGAAAGGCCAUGUAAAGUCCGCGGUAAUGUAAACGAACGCUUUGUUUACAUUUUCAACUCAGUGCAACAGUUGUAAAAUAUGAUUAGGUAUAUAUUAUGCUGAAUUUUUAACACUAUUUUGGUUCGCUAUAUAUGCCUGUAAAUGAUUACAGACUAGAGAUUCAAUUCAAGAAAGUUCGGAAUUCGAAGGUGCGAAAUAUUAAUAACAUUCAAAUGGUCGGGUCCCGACCAUUGGAAUGUAGGCGUGCGCAAAACAAAUGCGCAGAACGGACUUUGCAUGAUCUUUAAUUAUUCAUAAUGAUCAGGAUUUUCAAUUUUCGUAAAUAAACUCACUUUGUUUCUUCUUAUAUGAAUUAAAUCGUUUAUAGUUAAACCUCCACUGAUUGAAUACUGUGCACACACGACAUCAAGAUCAAGUUAUCUUCAUCCCUUGGAUCAUCCAAUCUGGGUUCGCCCACCUAAGUCGUAUAGAAAAGGUGCAGUCGAAGAAUUUGCAGCACAAGGAAUAGGUAAGCGUACAGUAAAAACGCGUAUAAAGAACGACAGGGUUAAGAACUAACAGGCUGAAAGUUAGGCGAUUAAGCACCUAAAAUAAAAUGACGUAUUUUAAAAGUAUAGGUACCGUUACAGAAAUGGCGUUUUUUAAAAGUGAUGGGUCCAAAACUUGGGAGCAUGCAUGUACUGUGCUUUCCCCAAUUAUGUUUUCUGGCAUAAAGUUCUAUUUGGAAGAUCAAUGAACUUUUCUGUAUUUUGCCCCAUCAGGUACUUAAAUUGUUCCAAACGUGUUACCCGACAAAUAUAUUUACAUACUAUAAUUAUUUGCUCGUUUAAGCGCAACAUUACUAUUUAAACUUUAACUUUAGUGUUUCGGAUGAGGAGCUUAAUAUUCGAGGGCGGCACAAUUACUUUAUUUGUCAACUAUAGUCGCUGGAAUUGAGACGUUGGGCAUGUUUUCUGGCAAAAUCUCCACCAUCGCAACGGAAAUGUGCAUUUCCAAAGUUAAACUGAAAUAGCAUUGAAACAUACUUGCCUUUGAACUUAUAUAAUGAAAACUAAGAAUGUGCUUCGAUUAAUUUUAAGCGCGCCGUUUUUGCGAAUAUGCUGUACAAGUAAAUGUGGUAUUCUGCCCCCUGGACAACCUAAUGUCCUAAUUGGAACAUAUGUGUAACUUAUGAGAACAUUCUCUGCGACAGUUCCAAAUCUCUUACCAAGAAUCGUUCUGAAAACGAAUAAGGACACAUUCCUGAAAAAUCUGGUAAGUAAAAUGUCUAUACCUUUAGCAAUUGUAUAUAAUAUACUGAUAGUGAUUGUAGUAUAAUAUGGUGAUUAAAUUCUUUGAUCAUGCAAAUAACGGUUCAUGGCAUUAUCCAUAACAAUUUAAAUGUUAAGAAACUUACUACAGUAUCGAAUAGAAAUGUUCACAUACAUCAGUAUAAAAAUACAAAACAAAUGCGAACGCUUGUUGGAGUAAUUGUUUAUUAUUAAUAAAAAAUCUGAGUAAAAAUUUCAACACCGUAAGGCAGUCACAAAUCCCAACCACACAAAAAUCUCUUAGCAUACACGUUGGUCAAAUCUAGUAAAUUUUCUCGGCUCGUAUUGUCAGCGGACAUCUUAUACAAAAUUGGCAGCUCUGUUUUAAGCAGGCCCAUACUAAAAAUGGGCCUGCGGUUCUGGGAGAAAAUUUGCUGAAUAUGACCAAGCGUGACAAAUUUAUCUUAGCAGUACAGUUAUCUAAAAUAUUUAAUUACUUCUACUUUCAGAAAGCAGCUGGACCAGCUGGGUAUCGUACUGUAGGCCAAUGUGCUGCAAGAACAAUGGGAAAAUCACUAAAGGAACAAGCGUUACAAUAGUAUACAAGUUACAGUGCUAUAACUGACCAUACGCGAAUAAAUUAUAGCAAUUUGCACCAUCAACUUAUU